ACUGAGCUGCAUUUAACUAGCUCCUUGGCCAAAACAGGAAGUAAACAUGGGCGGGGAAGCCGAGCUCUGAGCAGCUGGUAACCUGUCCUGCCCCUAGGAGAAAAUGAAGAGGACUUUGGAUCUUUCUAAAUAUAUCGCCCAACCAACCGAACCCAGUGCAUUCAUUGUCUCGGGAAAAACAGGUUGCAUACAGGAAAGAGGGGCAAGACAGACCUAGCCACUGGGAGAGCAAACAUGAGUUCGCAGCAGGCAGGCUCCAUGGCCAAUUCUGUGUUUAUGGCGGGACCCCACAACAGGUAUCCUGUGAUCCCAGGGGGCAUGACUCAGAUACCCCUGUACCCGAGCAACCAGCCCCAAGUCCACCUAAUUCCUGGGAACCCACCUGGCAUGCAGCCACCUGUGUGUGUGCAACCCGCCCAGAAAGUUUUGAAAGAAGGCAAAGUCUUAGGGGCCAUCCAGAUCCUCAUUGGCCUGAUACACAUCGGCCUCGGCUCUGUCAUGGGGACCCACAUUUCCAGGUACUACUACUAUACAGCCGUCUCAUUCUACGCAGGCUUUCCCUUCUGGGGAGGCAUCUGGUUCAUCCUUUCAGGAUCCCUCUCAGUCUCAGCAGAAAAGCAGCCAAGAUCUACUUGCCUGCUGGGUGGCAGCUUGGGCUUGAACAUCAUCAGUGCAAUCUGUUCUGUGACUGGAAUCAUAGUCCUCAUCAUAGAUAUGAGUAUCAACCCCUCAUAUAUCUAUCCUGACAACUAUCCUUACCAGGAUGUGGUCCCUGGAAUGGCUAUUUCUGGUGUGCUGCUCAUCUUCUGCCUCCUGGAGUUCUGCAUUGCGUGCACAUCUGCCCACUUUGGCUGCCAGCUGGUCUGCUGUACACAGAACAACGUGGACAUCGUCUACCCAAACGUCUUUGUGGCAAGCUCCAUGGUCAUCCCAGAACCAGCCAACUCACCACCACUGACGUAUUCCAGUGGGGUCCAGGGCUCCAGUUAAGCAAAGCCAAGGGCUCUAGAAGCUUCUUUCACUGGGACCAACAGAAGACCAUCCUUUUCUGUGCUUCUGCAACUCAGCUUCUUCCUUCCCUGACAAUGUAAGGGAAAUGUCUCUCCAAUGGCAUGCACCCUGACUUCAUUCAAUUCAGCCUGAUCAUUCGUGCUAUUCCUCUAUUAACUCUCUCACUGUGUUAAUUGAUUUCAAGGUGUUUCUUUCAAAAUGUGCCAGAAAUCCACAA